UAUAUAUAUAUAUAUAUAUAUUCCAAAAUAUCAAUGUUUUCUUAAAACUUGUGUGUAAUUCACUACAAAAAUCAAAUUGUCUUUCGGAGCAAUGACAGCUAUAAAAGUGCACGGUGGUAUCGACAUUCUAAGAUUACCGGUAAACGAAGAAGAAUACAUUUGUCCUCCAUGGCAUAUCAAAUAUACCCAGUCUCAUAUACUCCAUUCAAAGUGCUCCAAAAGUGAGAAUGGUUGCGGUACCAAUGACGCAAAUGCCUGUCAAUUUUGCAUAUAUAAUAAUGCAUUAGAAUUGCCACAUAUGCCAGAUAUGGUGUUUCCAAAUAAUGUGUUAACCUUAACACAUCAGAACGGAAUGUCACUACAAUUUAAUGCUUUGGAUGCUCUAAGAUAUGUUUCUAAUGGGAAGAUUAAUGUACAACUUGCUUGUGCGGAAGCAUGGAAAGAAUCAAGAUCGGAAAGUAGUGAAUAUCUAGAAGAAAAAAUAAAGCCAUUCGAUUGGACAUUCACUACCAAUUAUACAGGUACAAUAUCUGGCUUUCAAGUCGAGGAAACAAAUGAAAGAAUUGAUACGGAUAAAUUAAAACAGAGGGAUAAGAUUAUGUUUUAUCAUGAUUUAACGCUAUUUGAAGACGAACUCCAUGAUAAUGGUAUUGCCGUGAAUUCGGUAAAAAUUAGAGUCAUGCCCAGCAGUUUUUUUAUAUUAUUACGAUAUUUUCUUAGAAUCGAUAAUGUAAUGCUUAGAAUAAAUGAUACCCGAAUUUAUCACGAAUUCGGAAAAAAUUACUUGUUACGUGAGUUUACAUCACGGGAAGCUAAAGUCCAAGAUAUUCGGGUUUCUCCGGCACUUUUCUUGGAGCCAAGUGCGAUAGCGCCUCAUUUACCAUUAAUUGGAAGUCGAUACGACAAACUAAUAGUACCUGAAAAAGAAGAAGAAGCUAAAUUAAAUGAAGAUACUGCUGCACAAAAUAAAACUAAUACCGAAAAAGAAUUAACACAAUCCGAAGAACAUACGGCCGACAAUUCUAUCACUUAAAUCUUGAUUUAAAAUUUUGAUAUCAUGUGACGUCAUUUUCUUGAUAAAUUGGAUUAAUUAAAAACUGAUUGUAUACACAAAUUAUUAAUUCUUGUUUGAGCUAUGAUAAGAUAUUUUGAGAAUAUAUAUGACUGUAAGUACUGAAAACAACAAGACAGUUAUUGCUUUUGUGUGAGAUCAAUUUUAAAAUUUUAUCAUAAUUGAUCUUAAUCUUAUCAUGCUUGUCACUUAGUAAUGUUUUUCUCAUUUAAUUUUUAAUAAAAAUUUUUCAAAUAAAA